AUGCCGAUCCUAACUCCGGUCAUAAAACUCGUGGUUUUUAGGCAAAGUCUUCGACCACAUUCCGCUAUUGCCUUCCUCGUCGAGUUCAUCUGCUUCGUCCUAGAGCUACUCGACAAGGAGAAAGAUCUAGCCAAAAUAUUCGGUAUCAUAUGUGCUUGCGACACAUUAAUCUUCACACUGCUCGAUCUAAUCCAAAAUCUGAUUGAACAAGAAGUGAGAAUUCGUAGAUGCGGUCAAGUGUUUUGGCUUUACAAGAACGAUGGACGUCUCUACUGGCACACGUUAAACGCGUAUCUACUGAUGUUGUGCGUCGUCCAUGUCACUGGUUCUGCGGUUUCUUAUUUUUCUCGUAGACAUUAUUUGGUUUUGCUUCCUCUUUUUGCAGCUUCUCUUGAACUUGUCCCACAAGAAGCUUAUCGAGGAGUUCUUGGAACUGAUCAAGCUCUUGUUGGGCCGGAUCGAGAGGAUUGUAUUGGGCCUGUUAAUGGCCCAUUGAAUUGUAUUGAGGUGGACCAAGGCGAUGGAGUUGGUAUGGAGGAGCUGGUUCAAGAAGUUGGUGAUCAUGUUGAGCCGGAUCAAGAAGUUGGUAUAGAGCUGGUUCAAGAAGAUGGUGAUCAUAUUGGCCCAUAA